UAAAUAUACUGAUAAUUAAAUAUUGUCACAUGGAAAGGUUUUAUCUGCACAGAUCACAAGGACUACAAGGGAUGGGAAAACCAAGCCUAGUGAACCAAUCUGCUGUUUCAGACUUCCUCCUUUUAGGACUCUCUGAGCGGAUAGAAGAACAGCCUCUUCUAUUUGGCCUCUUCCUGGGCAUGUACCUGGUCACUGUGGUGGGGAACCUGCUCAUCAUCCUGGCCAUCAGUUCUGACCCACGCCUCCAUACUCCCAUGUACUUCUUUCUGGCCAAUCUAUCGUUAACUGAUGCCUGUUUCACUUCUGCCUCAAUCCCCAAAAUGCUGGCCAACAUUCAUAGGCAGAGUCAGACCAUCUCCUAUUCUGGGUGCCUUGCACAGCUAUAUUUCCUCCUUAUGUUUGGUGGCCUUGACAACUGCCUCCUGGCCGUGAUGGCGUAUGACCGCUACAUAGCCAUCUGCCAGCCACUCCAUUAUAGCACAGCUAUGAGUCCUCGACUCUGUUCACUAAUGCUGGGUAUGUGCUGGUUGCUGACCAACUGUCCCGCUCUGAUGCACACACUUUUGCUGACCCGUGUGGCUUUCUGUGCCCAGACGGCCAUCCCCCACUUCUACUGUGAUCCCAGUGCUCUGCUGAAGCUUGCCUGCUCUGACACCCACAUCAACGAGCUGAUGAUCAUCUCCAUGGGUUUGAUGUUCCUCACUGUUCCUCUCUUGCUGAUCGUCUUCUCCUAUGUCCGAAUUUCCUGGGCUGUGUUCGGCAUCUCUUCUCCCGGAGGGCGUUGGAAGGCCUUCUCCACCUGUGGUUCUCAUCUCACGGUGGUGCUGCUCUUCUACGGAUCUCUUAUGGGUGUGUACUUACUUCCCCCAUCAACUCACUCUACAGAGAGGGAAAGUAGGGCUGCUGUCCUCUAUAUGGUGAUUAUCCCCAUGCUGAACCCAUUCAUCUACAGUUUGAGGAACAGAGACAUGAAGGAGGCUUUGGGCAAACUUUUUGGCAGUGGGAAAACGUUCUUCUUACCAUGAC